AUGUUCGACAAACAUGUUUACGACGUAUCCACACGUUUGCCAAUCAGUCAGUGGUACGCGCGAGCUUGCGGCUUACGGGCCAAUUGCGGGCGGCGCAAGGAGUUACUAGUGGCUAUUAUUAUUAUACUCUACGCCAAUGUUACCGAUCCAAAAUUUGUCUCGGAGGUAAAUAUGAUUUCAGAAGUUGAGUUUCCUACCAAUUCUAAUUCGAAAAAAUACGAAAGUUUUGAAACUGUAAUUGCUUUAAGAUAUAGUGAAGCAACAGUCAAAAGUGAGCGAAGAGACGAAGGAAAGAGCACUUGA